AUGGCUGAGAGCUCCCCGCCGCCCUCCUCCCCGGCCGCAGCAGCCCCGGCAGCUGAGCCAGGAGACACGCAGCAGCCAGGGCCCCGGAGCCCCCCUCCCUCCCCUCCAGGCCCAGAGGAGCCCCUGGACAGAGUCGAUCCGGACGUCCCUCACCCAGACCUGGCGCCCGUUGCCUUCUUCUGCCUGCGACAGACCACCAGCCCCCGGAACUGGUGCAUCAAGAUGGUGUGUAACCCAUGGUUUGAGUGUAUCAGCAUGCUGGUGAUCCUGCUGAACUGCGUGACGCUUGGCAUGUACCAGCCGUGCGACGACAUGGACUGCCUGUCAGACCGCUGCAAGAUCCUGCAGGUCUUUGAUGACUUCAUCUUUGUCUUCUUUGCCAUGGAGAUGGUGCUCAAGAUGGUGGCCCUGGGCAUUUUUGGCAAGAAGUGCUACCUUGGGGACACAUGGAACCGACUGGAUUUCUUCAUUGUCAUGGCAGGGAUGGUCGAGUACUCCCUGGACCUUCAGAACAUCAACCUGUCAGCCAUCCGCACUGUGCGCGUCCUGAGGCCCCUCAAAGCCAUCAACCGUGUGCCCAGUAUGCGGAUCCUGGUGAACCUGCUCCUGGACACGCUGCCCAUGCUGGGGAAUGUCCUUCUGCUCUGCUUCUUUGUCUUCUUCAUCUUUGGCAUCAUUGGCGUGCAGCUCUGGGCAGGCCUGCUGCGCAACCGCUGCUUCCUGGAGGAGAACUUCACCAUACAAGGGGAUGUGGCCCUGCCCCCCUACUACCAGCCGGAGGAGGACGACGAGAUGCCCUUCAUCUGCUCCCUGUCGGGGGACAAUGGCAUCAUGGGUUGCCACGAGAUCCCCCCGCUCAAGGAGCAGGGCCGCGAGUGCUGCCUGUCCAAGGACGAUGUCUAUGACUUCGGGGCGGGGCGCCAGGACCUCAACGCCAGCGGGCUCUGCGUCAACUGGAACCGCUACUACAAUGUGUGCCGCACGGGCAGCGCCAAUCCCCACAAGGGCGCCAUCAACUUUGACAACAUCGGCUACGCCUGGAUCGUCAUCUUCCAGGUGAUCACUCUGGAAGGCUGGGUGGAGAUCAUGUACUAUGUGAUGGACGCUCACUCCUUCUACAACUUCAUCUAUUUCAUCCUGCUUAUCAUAGUGGGCUCCUUCUUCAUGAUCAACCUGUGCCUCGUUGUCAUAGCGACCCAGUUCUCGGAGACCAAGCAGCGGGAGCACCGGCUGAUGCUGGAGCAGCGGCAGCGUUACCUGUCCUCCAGCACGGUGGCCAGCUACGCCGAGCCUGGCGACUGCUACGAGGAGAUCUUCCAGUACGUCUGCCACAUCCUGCGCAAGGCCAAGCGCCGGGCCCUGGGCCUCUACCAGGCCCUGCAGAGCCGGCGCCAGGCCCCGGGGACGCCCGGCUCCACCAAGCCCGGGCCCCACGCCAAGGAGCCCAGGCACUACAAGCUGUGCCCCCGACACAGCCCCCAGGACCCGGCGCCCCACACGCUGGUGCAGCCCAUCUCUGCCACGCUGUCCUCCGACGCCGCCAGCUGCCCCCGCUGCCAGCACGAGUCGGGCCGGCGGCUGUCGGGCCUGGGCAGCAGCGACUCGGGCCAGGAGGGCUCGGGCUCCGGGGGCUCGGGCGGCGGCGAGGAUGAGGCUGGCGGGGACGGGACCCGGAGCAGUGAGGACGGGGCCUCCUCGGAGCUGGGGAAGGAGGACGAGGAGGGGCAGGCGGACGGGGCGGCCCGGCUGUGCGGAGAUGUGUGGCGGGAGACGCGAGCCAAGCUGCGGGGCAUCGUGGACAGCAAGUACUUCAACCGGGGCAUCAUGAUGGCCAUCCUGGUCAACACCGUCAGCAUGGGCAUCGAGCACCACCAGCAGCCCGAGGAGCUGACCAACAUCCUGGAAAUCUGCAACGUGGUCUUCACCAGCAUGUUUGCCCUGGAGAUGCUGCUGAAGCUGGCCGCCUUCGGGCUCUUCGACUACCUGCGCAACCCCUACAACAUCUUCGACAGCAUCAUUGUCAUCAUCAGCAUCUGGGAGAUCGUGGGACAGGCGGACGGCGGGCUGUCGGUGCUGCGGACCUUCCGGCUGCUGCGGGUGCUCAAGCUGGUGCGCUUCAUGCCGGCGCUGCGGCGACAGCUGGUGGUGCUCAUGAAGACCAUGGACAACGUGGCCACCUUCUGCAUGCUGCUCAUGCUCUUCAUCUUCAUCUUCAGCAUCCUCGGGAUGCACAUCUUUGGCUGCAAAUUCAGCCUCCGCACGGACACGGGAGACACGGUCCCCGACAGGAAGAACUUCGACUCCCUGCUGUGGGCCAUCGUCACGGUGUUCCAGAUCCUCACCCAGGAGGACUGGAACGUCGUCCUCUACAAUGGCAUGGCCUCCACCUCCCCCUGGGCCUCCCUCUACUUCGUGGCCCUCAUGACCUUCGGCAACUACGUGCUCUUCAACCUGCUGGUGGCCAUCCUGGUGGAGGGCUUCCAGGCGGAGGGUGACGCCAAUCGCUCCUACUCGGAUGAGGACCAGAGCUCAUCCAACAUGGAGGUGUUUGACAAGCUCCAGGAGGGCCUGGAUGGCAGCGGAGAUCCCAAGCUCUGCCCAAUCCCCAUGACCCCCAAUGGGCACCUGGACCCCAAUCUCCCGCUGGGUGGACAUCUGGGCCCCACUGGGGCUGCAGCAUCUGCCCCCCGCCUCUCGCUGCAGCCAGACCCUGUGCUAAUGGCCCUGGGCUCCCGCAAGAGCAGUGUCAUGUCACUGGGGAGGAUAAGCUAUGACCAGCGCUCCCUGUCCAGCUCUCGGAGCUCCUACUACGGGCCGUGGGGCCGCAGCGGGGCCUGGGCCAGCCGCCGCUCCAGCUGGAACAGCCUGAAGCACAAGCUGCCAUCUGCGGAGCACGAGUCCCUGCUCUCGGCGGAGCGCAGUGGCGGCUCCCGCACCUGCGAGGGUGCCCGGGACGAGGGGCCGCCGCGGGGCGUGCCCCUGCACGCCCCGCACGCCCACCACGCGCAUCAUGGCCCCCACCCGGCGCACCGUCACCGCCACCACCGCCGGACGCUGUCCCUUGACACCAGAGAUUCGGUGGACCUGGCCGAGCUGGUGCCCGCCGUGGGCACCCACCCCCGGGCGGCCUGGAGGGCGGCGGGCCCGGCCCCCGGGCACGAGGACUGCAAUGGCAGGAUGCCCAGCAUCGCCAAGGACGUCUUCACCAAGAUGGACGACCGCCGGGAUCGCGGGGAGGACGAGGAGGAGAUGGACUACACUCUGUGCUUCCGCGUCCGCAAGAUGAUUGACGUCUACAAGCCUAACUGGUGCGAAGUCCGUGAGGACUGGUCUGUCUACCUCUUCUCCCCUGAGAACAGUUUCCGGGUCCUGUGUCAGACAAUCAUCGCCCACAAGCUCUUCGACUAUGUUGUCCUGGCCUUCAUCUUCCUCAACUGCAUCACCAUUGCCCUGGAGCGGCCCCAGAUUGAGGCUGGCAGCACAGAACGCAUCUUUCUCACUGUGUCCAACUACAUCUUCACAGCCAUCUUUGUGGGCGAGAUGACACUGAAGGUGGUCUCGCUGGGCCUGUACUUCGGGGAGCAGGCGUACCUGCGCAGCAGCUGGAAUGUGCUGGACGGCUUCCUUGUCUUUGUGUCACUCAUCGACAUCGUGGUGUCGCUGGCCUCGGCCGGGGGAGCCAAGAUCCUGGGGGUCCUCCGGGUCCUGCGGCUCCUGCGCACCCUACGACCCCUGCGUGUCAUCAGCCGGGCACCCGGCCUGAAGCUGGUGGUGGAGACGCUCAUCUCCUCCCUCAAGCCCAUUGGCAACAUCGUCCUCAUCUGCUGUGCCUUCUUCGUCAUCUUCGGUAUCCUGGGGGUGCAGCUCUUCAAGGGCAAGUUCUACCACUGUCUGGGCGUAGACACCCGCAACAUCACCAACCGCUCCGACUGCGUGGCCGCCAACUACCGCUGGGUCCAUCACAAGUACAACUUCGACAAUCUGGGCCAGGCGCUGAUGUCCCUCUUUGUGCUGGCCUCCAAGGAUGGCUGGGUGAACAUCAUGUACAAUGGACUGGAUGCCGUUGCUGUGGACCAGCAGCCCGUGCCCAACCACAACCCCUGGAUGCUGCUCUACUUCAUCUCCUUCCUGCUCAUCGUCAGCUUCUUCGUGCUCAACAUGUUCGUGGGCGUCGUGGUGGAGAACUUCCACAAGUGCCGGCAGCACCAGGAGGCCGAGGAGGCACGGCGGCGCGAGGAGAAGCGGCUGCGGCGCCUGGAGAAGAAGCGGAGAAAGGCCCAGCGGCUGCCCUACUAUGCCACCUACUGUCCCACCCGGCUGCUCAUCCACUCCAUGUGCACCAGCCACUACCUGGACAUCUUCAUCACCUUCAUCAUCUGCCUCAAUGUGGUCACCAUGUCCCUGGAGCACUACAAUCAGCCCACGUCUCUGGAGACAGCCCUCAAAUACUGCAACUACAUGUUCACCACUGUCUUUGUGCUGGAGGCUGUGCUGAAGCUGGUGGCAUUUGGUCUGAGGCGCUUCUUCAAGGACCGGUGGAACCAGCUGGACCUGGCCAUCGUGCUGCUGUCGGUCAUGGGCAUCACGCUGGAGGAGAUUGAGAUCAACGCGGCGCUGCCCAUCAACCCCACCAUCAUCCGCAUCAUGCGGGUCCUGCGCAUCGCCCGGGUGCUGAAGCUGCUAAAGAUGGCCACAGGGAUGCGGGCGCUACUGGACACUGUGGUGCAAGCUCUGCCCCAGGUGGGCAACCUGGGCCUCCUCUUCAUGCUUCUCUUCUUCAUCUACGCCGCCCUGGGAGUGGAGCUCUUCGGGAAGCUGGUCUGCAACGACGAGAACCCGUGCGAGGGCAUGAGCCGGCACGCCACCUUCGAGAACUUUGGCAUGGCCUUCCUCACACUCUUCCAGGUCUCCACCGGCGACAACUGGAACGGGAUCAUGAAGGACACGCUGCGGGACUGCACCCAGGACGAGCGCAGCUGCCUGAGCAGCCUGCAGUUCGUGUCGCCGCUGUACUUCGUCAGCUUCGUGCUCACGGCCCAGUUCGUGCUCAUCAACGUGGUGGUGGCCGUGCUCAUGAAGCACCUGGACGACAGCAACAAGGAGGCCCAGGAGGACGCCGAGAUGGACGCCGAGCUCGAGCUGGAGAUGGCCCACGGCCCGGGCCCCGGCCCGCGGCCACCCGCCGGCUCCCCGGGGGCGCCCGUGCCCGGCCGUGGGCCAGGAGGGGCGGGCGGCGGGGGCGACGCCGAGGGCCGCCUGACCCGAAGCUGCUACUCGCCAGCCCAGGAGAACCUGUGGCUGGACAGCGUCUCUUUAAUCAUCAAGGACUCCUUGGAUGGGGAGCUGACCCUCAUCGACAACCUGUCGGGCUCCGUCUUCCACCACUACUCCUCGCCGGCCGGCUGCGGGAGGUGUCACCACGACAACCAGCAGGUACAGCUGGCCGAGACGGAGGCCUUCUCCUUGAACUCAGACAGGUCCUCGUCCAUCCUGCUUGGCGAUGACCUGAGUCUGGAGGACUCCACAGCCUGCCAGGUUGGCCCCAGAGACAGCAAGGGUGAGCCAGACCCGCCUGAGCCCUUGCGGGUAGGGGACCUGGGUGAAUGCUUCUUCCCCUUGUCCAAUACGGCCGUCUCGUCGGGCCCGGAGAACUUCCUGUGUGAGAUGGAGGCGAUCCCGUUCAACCCCGUCCGGUCCUGGCUGAAACACGAGAGCAGCCAAGCGCCCCCGAGCCCCUUCUCCCCGGAUGCCUCCAGCCCACUCCUUCCCAUGCCGGCUGAGUUCUUCCACCCUGCUGUGGCUGCCAGCCAGAAAGGGCAGGAGAAGGACGCUGGUGCCGGGACCCUCCCCAAGAUCGCCCUGCAGGGCUCCUGGGCGUCCCUGAGGUCGCCGAGCGUGAACUGCACCCUCCUUCGGCAGGCCACGGGGAGCGACACGUCGCUGGAGGCCAGCCGCAGCAGCUCGGCGGGCAGCCUGCAGACCACGCUGGAGGACAGCCUGACCCUGAGCGACAGCCCGCGGCGCGGCCUGGGGCCGCCGGCGCCCGCCCCGGGGCCCCGCGCCGGCCGCUCGCCCGCCGCGCGCCGCGGCCCGAGCCUGCGGGGCCGGGGCCUGUGCAGCCUGCGCGGGCUGCGGGCGCACCAGCGCAGCCACAGCAGCGGCGGCUCCACCAGCCCGGGCUGCACGCAGCACGACUCCAUGGACCCCUCGGACGAGGAGGGCGCGGGCGGCCGGGCCGGCGGGGGCGGCGGCGGCGGCGGCGGGGGCGCGGGCAGCGAGCCCUCGGAGACGCUCAGCAGCCUCUCGCUCACCUCCCUCUUCGGGCCUCCGCCCCCGCCGCCCGGCCUCCCGCCCGCGCGCCGCUUCGGCAGCACCAGCAGCCUGGCCGCCGGCCCCGGCCGCCCCCGCGCCGCCCCCCGGCCCCGCGGCCUGGCCCGCAGCCCCUCCUGGGCCGCCGACCGCCGCAAGGACCCGCCGCGCCAGGCCGAGCCGGCCGCCGCCCGGGGCCCCUCGGCGCCCGAGCCGCAGCCGCCGCCGGGGGAGCCGCGGCCCGGGGCCGCCGCUAGCCGGGGGCGGAGAUGA